UGCCAGAUCUAACAGGGACAGGAAAAAAAUUUGGACCCCAAAUUUCUAGAAUGACCCAUAUUCAUUCUCAUGGCCUAACUGAAUCUCAUUGAUUCCUCUUCAUUACAGGUUAUAGGACCUAGGCUACUUCAGGCUUGCAAGCUGCAGUGAAUAGAACACUUUUGAGGAAUCCUUGGUGUCAUUACCAGAAAUGAUUAAUAGGCCUAGCCCUAAUUGGCUAUGCAUCCUGACAAUGCCUGAACAUCUACUCUGAACAUCAUCAUGAACACGCUGGAUGUGGUUUCUAUCAUGGCUCGACAUCUGCGAUCCCAAGACGCAGAGGAACAGAUAACGGUUUGUGAUGAUGAAGCGACAGCUCCCGAACACAGCAUAUCAUGUGCACAGUCAACAGAGCCCGUCCUGGAAAGCCCACCAAAGAAGAGACACCCCAACCACCAUGUGGGUCCCAUCGACCUGUCCUAUGAGGAAGACAGCCAGAGAAGGUGCAAGUCCUUCUUCAAGAGGAGAAAGACGAUAUUUGACAAGGCAAACCAACUGACGUCCAUUUGUGGCGCCUCUGUCAGCAUCAUGUUGAAGUCCCAAGCCGGUCACCUCUAUGAGUACCGCUCAGGGGAGUUUCAGCCAGAUGGAGUGGCAGGAAUGCCCAUGAUCAGUGUCCAGCAGGGGCCCACGCCCAGGGGACGGCCUAGGAAGACGCCGGCUAAGUCCAAGAAUGACGAGUCCGAACAAGAUGAACAGGCGGGUACAUGUAGCUCUUCCAGCGCAUGCCACCAGCCCAUUGGCAAGAAGACUCCGUGUGCCGUCUGCAAGAAAAGGAACACAUGGCUGGCCUGCCAGAAGCCCGGUUGCAAUUUCUGGGCUCAUGCCCGGUGCCUGGGAUUUGUGGCAUUGGCCCCCACCGACAUGUCGAAUGUCAAGUUCUUCUGUCCGAAGCACAUCCCUGCCAGCUAACAGCAAGGACAGAUGGAAUUUGAUAAAGUGUGACUGAAGAUGGCAGACUGCUUGGGAACAUGUGGCAUUGAUGGUUUCAAUUAGGACAUUCGUAAAUAACAAGACUGCUAUGAUGAUAGGCCUAUGACUCCAGCAUUUAUCCUGGCCUUACGGGUUGAAAUUGAAGUUCCAAGAUGCUUCAAAAUUUCUAAUCUUCUAAGCUGGCUAAAAUGGAAGUUCAAGCAAGGUCUGGAUUUGAAAUAGCUUGGAAUUAUUAACUUGGAAUUACACCUGUUAUGUACACGUAUUCCUGUACUUUGAAUGUUUCAGUCAGCAGUAAAUAAGACAUUCUUACAUGUAGCUGUACCUGUGCUAAUUACGAUGCAAGUAGGGUGACCAUGAUUUUGAAAUGGAGAUGUGUGUGGGUAUUGAAAACUCAUUCAAAUAUCACAUGCAUACACAUUGUGGUACUUGUGCAUGUACUGUACAAGUUACUAAUGAACUUGUUCUCUCUACACACAAACUUCAGACAGGCCAUGCAUUACAUUGUUCAUGUGUUUAUUACCUUUUGAUUUAAAUUCUAAAUGUAUCAAAAUUGGCAGCUGAGGGAAGUGAAGAUUACAAUGGGCAGAGUGAUUGUGGAUGCAUGCACCUGAAAAAUGUACAAGGUCAAAUGAGCUAAAUAAAUUCUCCGUCAUUACACACCAAUCCGGAACAGGUUUCUGGAAAUUUUUCCCAGAAAAUCUCAACAACCAGUUUCCAAUCCUGACAUUCCAAGGAUUGCCACAUUGAAUCCUAGAUGGUAGGGAAUUCCCCUUUAUGAUGGCCACUGCCGUUGAAAUGACUCUCCCAUAAAGCUUUUUCCCCCUACUGACUUUUAACACCUGUUCUGAAUACACUUUUGUUAGAAUUGCAAAGCCCAGUCCCGUGUGUGUUUCUUGACUCGAGCUUCAUGCCUAAUUCUGUUUAUUUGAAAUAAACAAUACUCCAAAUUCAA